GACAUGGACAACUUCAUCAGAUGGUUUGUCGAAGAGGGUGGCUGGCUGGAUCGAGCUCGAAUAGGUAUCGUAGACACUCCUAGCCAAGGACGGGCUGCCAUCGCUUUACAAGACAUACCGGAAGGGCAUACAUUGUUUAGUGUUCCUAGAUCCUUGACGCUUUCAACCCAUACAUCCGAACUACCCAAAUUAAUCGGUGAGGCAGCGUGGAAGUCUCUGCGGCUCAACAAAGGCUGGGUGGGUCUCAUAUUAUGCAUGAUGUGGGAGGAAUGCCGCUGGACGGACUCCAAGUGGUGUGGAUAUUUUAAUAUUUUACCAAGGGCCUUUGAUACACCCAUGUUUUGGACUGGCGAUGAACUUAAAGAAUUAGAUGGAACCGAUGUGCUAGGUAAAAUUGGCAAGGAACAAGCGGAACGAGACUAUUAUGAGAUACUCAACCCUGCAGUCCGGACACGACCGGAUCUGUUUGACCCGGGUCACAUAGCGUCUUUUUAUUCACUAGAGAAUUACCACGUUAUGGGAAGCCGCAUUCUCUCGCGAAGCUUCCAUGUCGAGAAAUGGAAAGAGCAAACACCUGGAUCUCAGAGUCGAGCUAGUUCGGAGCUGCACGAGAAUGGUGACUGUAUGGAUAUCGACGAUGAAUCAAGUAACUUGAGCGCUGUUGGAGCCGAAAACGGUGGUGACGAUGACAGCGAUGAUGAAGCGGAAAACCCAUCGGACAUUGCCAUGGUGCCGAUGGCAGACAUGUUGAACGCUCAAUAUGGUUCGGAAAAUGCGAAACUUUUCUACGAACCAACACACCUAAAUAUGGUCUCAACAAAGCCCAUUAGACGGGGCGAACAAAUUUACAACGCAUAUGGAGACCUACCUAACUCUGCUUUGCUUCGCGAAUAUGGACACGUCGAUUUAGUUCCAUUACCGGGUGUACCUUGGAAAGAAGGGAACCCCGCCGAUGUCGUUGAGAUACCCGCGGACCUCGCUCUACAUGCCGUUUUGUCAAGCCAGGCCCGCGUUGACGCCGAAUCAUUAAAGGAGCGAAUAGACUGGUGGCUUGAGGAAGGUGGAGAUGAUGUUUUCGUGCUGGGGACAGAUCUAGAGCUUCCCGAUGUGAUGAUAUCUUUCUUAAAACUCCUUUUACUGUCAAAACUGGAAUGGGAGAAGGCACGCUCCAAGAGUAAACCACCGAAACCAAAACUCGAUAUGGACUCGAAACUGCAGACCUUUCCCCUCGUACUCGGAAUGUUAGAGAGGCGCCUAGCGAAAUAUCCGACUACACUUGAGCACGACGAAGCCCUCCUAUCUGGGCAGACUUCACUUCCAUAUAACGUACGAAACGCUAUAAUCGUUCGGAUCGGAGAAAAACACAUCUUGGUAGGGUGUAUGUCGAAGGUGCGCGCGUCCCUAGAGGAAGCACAAAUGGCUGUUCGGAAUGGCAUUCGGCCCGAGAAACAAUUGAGGCACCAGAAUAGCGUGGGGAACCAGAAGAAGCGGAAGAGGGGUGAUAUAGACGAAGAGGAGAAACCUCGGAAACAGUCCUGGCGCUAGAGUGCUGCAGCGCGGCACAAACAUCGCUUUCAACAGUCAUGAUAUUUAUUCAGGUUCUCUUUUUGGUGGAGGUAACAUUCAAAUGUGUUGUAUUUCUCAGAUCAUAGAACGUACCGGUCUAGAUCUGUUUGCCACCUGACCUCGCGUGGAAGAGGUAAGCCGUUCGUGCCGUGGGCAAAUCUCUUUGAUGGCGCAGUCUACUGCCGGUCGUCAAUAAGGGUGAUGCUUUUUAAAUCAUUCAUAUUCAUUCGUAUGCUCCGCGCAGCCCUACCCCACAAGCCGCUGAUCCUUCAAGAGCCUGCAUAAAGGAUCAGUUCAUAGCCUCGCUUCUUACGGCCAGAGUGACGGGUAUAAAUGAACUCUUGAGAACUUCAUACCUAUUGCUUGGUAUCGGAUACCCCGCGAUCGAACAAUGUCCACCUCUUCCGCCCAGCAUUUUGAUGAAGACGAGUUCCCAAUCCAGCUCGUGUUCUCUCGCGAUGAUCCAUGCAACACCACGAUCUCUCUCAACGAGAAGCCAUUAUAUAUUGUCAAGACGAGGCGAGAGACCAUCAAGACGAGAACUGGGCGUCCUGACUUGCUCUUUACAUCUGAUGUCUACACACCGGCUGGUGCACUGGUUAUGACGCUCGCUUGGAAUGACUCUUCGUCUGAUACCGUCACCAGACCUGCACGAGGGCUGGAUAAUGUGAAGUUGAGCAAUUGGAUGAAGAAGAGCGUAAACCCGUUUUCUAGCGACACGACUUUCAAGGAUAUAAACGGGAAUACAUACAAAUGGGACACUAAAGGUCCUCGCAAUCAGCACAGACUCCUUGCAGACAAAGCCACCAUGAUCACGUAUUUCGAACGAGCGAAUCCGUAUGUCAAUCUCCAGCAGGGCUACAAUUACAACCCCG